AUGGGUACUAUACCACACGAGAUUGGAAAUCUUUACAAUUUGGAGGAAUUGGAAUUAAUAUUCAAUAGUCUUUCGGGUCAUAUUCCUGAAGCAAUUUUCAACAUCACAACAAUACAAGCAAUUUACCUUCAGAACAAUCAUCUUUCAGGCACUCUUCCAUCAAAUAUGGGACUUUGGAUGCCCAAUCUUGAAACAAUUGUACUUGGACAGAAUUACCUAAAUGGAAUUCUUCCCGACUCUAUCUCAAAUGCUUCGAAAAUCACUACAAUAUUCCUAGAGGGCAACCAACUCUUCGGAGCAAUACCCAAUUCAUUAGGUAACCUAGAACACCUUGAAAGUCUUGGAUUGGAGGCAAACAACUUCUCUAGGGAUUCUUCAUCUAUGGAGUUGAGCUUCAUCACUUCUUUGACAAAUUGUAGACAACUAAGGUCCUUAUGGAUAUCCGUAAAUCCUCUCAGUGGCAUUCUUCCAGCUUCUAUUGGAAAUUUCUCCGCAUCUCUUGAAUCGAUUUUUGCAAAUUAUUGUGGAAUUAAGGGCCAGAUUCCUAAUGAGAUUGGAAAUUUAAGCAAUUUGGCAUUUUUAGAACUACAAGGCAAUGACAUGGAUGGAUUUAUUCCGACGACAAUCAAGGAGUUAUGGAAGCUUCAAAUUUUGAGACUCAAUCAAAACAGAAUAUCAGGAUCGAUCCCGAGUGAUCUCUAUAAUUUAGGAAACAUGGGAUAUCUAGAUUUGAGCAAAAACAAGCUUUUUGGUUCUGUGCCAACGUGCUUGGGAAAUCUUACUUCUUUAAGAUAUCUCUACUUAGAUUCCAAUAACUUAACUUCCAACAUACCCACGAACCUUUGGAGACUCAAAGAUCUUUUGGAGCUCAACUUCUCCUCAAAUUUUUUAAUCGGCUCCUUGCCCCCAGAUAUUGGAAGUCUAAAGGUUAUGACGAAUAUAGAUCUAUCGAGGAAUCAAUUAUCAGGUAUUAUCCCUGGUGCAAUUGGAGGCCUACAAGAUCUGUCGACUCUAUUAUUAGUGCAUAAUGGAUUGCAAGGACCACUUCCGGAGUCACUUGGCAACUUGAUAAACUUAGAGUUCCUAGAUUUGUCUCAUAAUAAUAUAUCUGGAACGAUUCCAAAGUCCUUAGAGGAACUCUUGCAUCUUAAAUAUCUCAAUGUAUCUUACAAUAAAUUAAGAGGUGAAGUUCCAAAUGGUGGACCUUUUGCGAACUUCACUGAUAAAUCUUUUAUGUCAAAUGAAGAUUUGUGUGGUGUUCCUAGGUUUGGAGUACAUCUAUGCAAACAUAGUUCUCUUAAAAGAUCAAGGAAGAAAAAAGUAGUUGUAUAUACUUCUCUAGCAAUUGCAACAAUGGUUCUUGCCUUGAUCUUCAUAUUUGUUUUGAUUAGAAGACAAAGACGGAAUAACAUCCCGGCUGGAAAUGCUUGGUUUCCUACCACCUAUGGAAGGAUUACGUACUAUGAACUUCGACGUGCAACUCACCAGUUCAAUGAAAGCAACUUGCUUGGCAUGGGCAGCUUUGGUUCAGUUUAUAGAGGGGUACUUACAGAUGGGACACAUUUAGCAGUAAAAGUAUUUAAUUUGCAACUAGAAGGUGCAUUCAAGAGUUUUGAUACAGAAUGUGAAGUACUGCGCAAUCUUCGCCAUCGAAAUCUAACCAAAGUCAUCACCAGUUGCUCUAAUCCUGAUUUCAAAGCAUUAGUCCUCGAAUACAUGCCUAAUGGAAGCCUUGAAAUGUGGUUAUACUCCAAUAGUUUUUGCUUAGACAUCUUGCAAAGAUUAGACAUAAUGAUAGAUGUAGCACGUGCAUUAGAUUAUCUGCACCAUGGCUAUUUGAUUCCUGUGGUUCAUUGUGACUUGAAGCCUAGUAAUGUCUUGCUAGAUGAAGAUAUGGUUGCACAUGUAAGUGAUUUUGGCAUUGCAAAGUUACUAGGUGAGCAGAGUAUUGCACAAACGAAGACUUUAGCCACACUUGGGUACAUUGCACCAGAAUAUGGAUUGGAAGGACUGGUCUCUACAAGGUGUGAUGUUUACAGCUAUGGCAUUAUGUUGAUGGAAACUUUUACAAGAACAAAACCUUGUGAUGAAAAGUUCACCGAAGAUUUAAGCCUCAAGCAGUGGGUGAAUGAUUCACUACCAAAUGCACUACUCCAAGUUAUGGAUGCUAAUCUGGUAGGGGCGGAGGACGAACACUUGACUGUAAAGGUGCAAUGUGUAUCAUCUGUCAUGGAAUUAGCUUUGAAAUGCUCUACAGAAUCACCUGAAGAGAGGAUUAGCAUGACGGAGGUUGUAGCAUAUCUCCAGAAGAUCAGAUUUCAGUUACUUGCAAAUUUUGAAAGGCGUUGA